GCUGUAUAUGAAAUGCCAGAUGGGGAUCUUGGACCUGUCCAGUCGCCUUGCUCGGCACUCAACACCAGCCCCGCACCCUAUAUUCCAGCGGCGACUGCUCGGCGCGGCUCAAGCCUUCCACGGAGGUUCCUGGCCGAGACCACGGGCCUGUCUUCCUGAUUGCAGAGAAAUCUCCUGUGUGCCUUCGAGCCGCGUGAACCAUGUGAGCCAGGGAGGCGAACCGUGUGUUGGGCAGUCCUCGUCGAGGUUGUUGUGUUGACUUGAACUCUCAGGGGGGUAACACGGCAACGCCAAGUCCGCGGAGAGGUCCCCUGGUAUAAAGACAGACCACCCUCCCCCCCUCGGCAGAAACAAGAUCUUCCUCCCUCAGGCCUUCAUACUUUCUGCAGCAAGUGUACUCGCCCCGUCGUUCAACAUGAAGAUCACCAGCUCCGCCGCCGCUCUGGCGCUCGUUGCCUCAGCCGUUGCCGCGCCUUCCCCGACCACCCAGGACAAGCCCACCAAGAGACAAGCUGGUUGCGCCUCGGCCGUCUCCCUCAACGCCCAGACCAACGUCUUCAAGCAGUACACCCUCCACGCCAACAACUUCUACCGCAAGGAGAUCGAGGAGCUCGCCAUCCCCAACCUUUCCGACCCCUCCCUCGAGGCUGCCGCCCGCAAGGUUGCCGACACCGGUUCCUUCGUCUGGCUCGACACCAUCGCCAAUGUUGACAGGCUCGAGCCCGCUCUCGCCGAGGUUCCUUGCAACGAGAUCCUCGGUGUCGUCGUCUACGAUCUUCCCGGCCGUGAUUGCGCUGCCAAGGCUUCCAACGGUGAGCUGAAGGUUGGCGAGCUCAACAGGUACAAGACUGAGUUCAUUGACCGCAUCGCCUCCAUCCUUAAGGCCCACCCCAACACCGCCGUCGCGCUCGUUAUUGAGCCCGAUUCGCUCCCCAACCUGGUCACCAACUCCGACGUUCAGGCCUGCCGCAACUCGGCCGCCGGCUACCGCGACGGUGUCGCCUACGCGCUCAAGACGCUCAACCUUCCCAACGUCGUCCAGUACAUCGACGCCGGCCACGGCGGCUGGCUUGGCUGGGACGCCAACCUCAAGCCCGGCGCCGAGGAGCUCGCCAAAGCCUACAAGGCCGCCGGCAGCCCCAAGCAGUUCCGUGGCAUCGCCACCAACGUGGCCGGCUGGAACGCCUGGGACCUGUCCCCCGGCGAGUUCUCCUCCGCCUCCGACGCCAAGUACAACUCGUGCCAGAACGAGCGCACUUACGUCAACACCUUUGGCCAGCGCCUCAAGGCCGCCGGCAUGCCCAACCACGCCAUCGUCGACACUGGCCGCAGCGGUGUCCAGGGUCUCCGCGAGGAGUGGGGUAACUGGUGCAACGUCGACGGUGCCGGCUUCGGCCGUCCCCCCUCGGCCGACACCGGUCUCGAGCUGGCUGAUGCCUUCGUCUGGGUCAAGCCCGGCGGUGAGUCGGAUGGUACUUCCGACAGCUCGGCUGUUCGUUAUGACAGCUUCUGCGGCAAGCCCGAUGCCUUCCAGCCUUCGCCCGAGGCCGGUGCCUGGCACCAGGAGUACUUUGAGAUGUUGCUUCGCAACUCUAACCCUUCCCUUCUUUAAACGGUUGAUGCUUGGGAGAGCGGGAAAAGGGGCGGUGGUGAAAAAUGGAGCAGAACCUAGGGCGGUCAGUUGGUUAGCUUUUCUUGGUCUUUUCUAAGGGGGCGCGCCAUCCUGUGCAUAUAAAAGAUCGUUUGCUAGGUUUUGUUUGGUUGUUGGGAGUGUACAUACAUACAAUGCAUUUGCAUUUCUUUAC